GAGAGAGGAGAGGAGAGAAGAGAAGAGAUGGGCUCUCUACUCGACGACUGGCCCUCUUACGACCCCCACAACUUCAGCCAACUACGCCCGGCCGAUUCAUCUGCCCAAUCUUCUAAACUUACGCCUGUCACAUAUCGUCCCACUCAUAACAAGUCUCUCCCACCACCAGAUCAAGUAAUAUCAUCAGAAGCCAGAAAUAUCCUUCUGAGGCAUUUCUAUCAGAAGUCAGAAGAGAAGUUCCGACCUAAGAGAGCUGCUUCGGAUCAUCUAACACCGGAACACAGUUGCAAGCAGCCCAGAUGUGCCUACACUGAUGGGGCCGAUUGACGAAUUAUAGUAUGAUUCUUCCCAACAUCCUGCAUAGUAAAACCAGCAUAUAUGUAUCGUAUGUGCAUAUAGCUUUUUGAACAUUGGAGCAUGAUGUUUUCGAGCACUACAAGUUUGAUUAGUGAUUACAAUUGAGUGGCUUCUUUGCUCUACUUCAUGUUUUUGGCUAUGCCUAUCUAUUGAUUAAACUAGCUGAAGAAAUAUUUUGUGAUCGAAUAUGUUGCACAGAUUGUUUUUAA